ACAGCUCUAGUGACUUUGAGGGAUAGUGAGGUGGAAAAUAUUAUGGAAAUGAUGCCUCCUUUGUUUGAUGCUUUGGUUAAUCCUUCCCAGAAGGGUGCUGUUGUUCUUCAGCUUGUUAGCACUGAAAUUGAUCCAAGAAGGAUGGAACCAAAGAUGAGCAAGGAAGCUAUACUGGAUUGGUCCAAUAAGAAGCUAGCCACUGGUGAUGAGAGGAGCACUUACAAAGUUGAGUUUAUGGUGGAUUCAGAUUUUGGAGUACCUGGAGCCAUCACAGUGGUUAACAAAUAUCAAAAGGAAUUCUUUUUGGAAAGCAUCAACAUUGAGGGGGUUGUUCAAUUUGUAUGCAACUCUUGGGUUCAGGCAGAGAAGGUUAAUGCAAAUAAAAGAAUCUUCUUUUCCAAUAAGGCAUAUUUACCCCAGGAAACUCCUGUAGGGCUCAAGGAGCUAAGAGAGGAGGAAUUGAGAGAACUCAGAGGUGAUGGAAAAGGACUCAAGAUACCAUUUGAUAGGGUAUAUGACUACGACGUCUACAAUGACUUAGGCGAUCCAGAUAAGGGAAUCGAACACGUGAGGCCAACUCUUGGAGGCAAAAACAACCCUCAUCCAAGACGCUGCCGUACUGGACGGCCUCCUACAUCCAUAGACAUAAAUGCAGAGUCACGGCCGCAUGCCUCCACGGAAAUAUACGUGCCAAGAGACGAAGCUCUGGAGAAGAGCAAGAGAGAUGCUUUCAAUCUAGGGAAGCUGAAGGGAAUACUCCGGAAUAUAAUUCCCUCCCUGACUGUCACUGACAGUGAUCAUUUGAAAGACUUUUCAGACCUCAACAGCAUCUACAAGGGGAGGAGUCAAGAUGGAGGUGACCAGAAGAAACGUUCAUUUCAAAAUAUCUUAAGCAGACUGCAAGACUCUGUGGAGGAAUUCUUCAAGUUUGACCCUCCUCACAUCAUCUCCAGGGAUACAUCUUGCUGGUUACGGGAUGAUGAAUUUAGCCGUCAAGCGCUUGCAGGGAUAAACCCAUUAAGCAUAGAAAAGCUUAAGGUAUUUCCACCUAUAAGCAAAUUGGAUCCCUCCAUCUAUGGUGCUCAAGAAUCAGCACUCAGAGAAGAACAUAUUGAAGGCCACCUAAAUGGGAUGUCCGUACAAAAGGCAAUGGAGAAGAAUAAGCUGUUCAUACUGGACUAUCAUGACAUGUACCUCCCAUUUCUCAACCAAAUAAACAAUCUUGAAGAUCGGAAAGCCUAUGCAACUCGCACAAUCUUCUUCCUGACCUCAUUAGGAACUUUGAAGCCCAUUGCAAUCGAGCUCAGUCUUCCACCCAUGGAUCCAAAUUCUCCUUCAAAGCAAGUCCUUGUCCCCCCUGUCGACGCCACCACAAAUUGGCUUUGGCAGCUCGGUAAAGCCCAUGUUUGCUCCAACGACUCUGGUGUUCAUCAGCUUGUACAUCACUGGUUGGGCACCCAUGCGUGCAUGGAACCAUUUAUAAUAGCUGCUCACCGUCAGCUGAGUGUAAUGCAUCCCAUAUUCAAACUUCUGGAUCCUCACAUGCGAUACACGUUGAAGAUAAAUGCAAUGGCCCGUGAAACUCUCAUCAAUGCCGGAGGGAUCAUCGAGACUAACUUCACGCCCGGCAAAUACUGCAUGCAAAUUAGUUGUGCCGCCUACAGGGACUGGUGGCGCUUCGACCUGCAGAGCCUUCCUGCAGAUCUCAUUAGAAGAGGAGUGGCUAUACCAGACAGAACUCAACCCCAUGGCUUAAGACUACUCAUUGAAGAUUAUCCUUAUGCAACAGAUGGGCUCCUCAUAUGGUCUGCUAUUCAAACGAUGGUUCGGAGCUAUGUGAACUACUACUACCAAGAUGCAAGUGCAGUAUGUUCGGAUACCGAGCUCCAGGUUUGGUACAACGAGUCGAUCAACGUGGGGCAUGCGGAUCUCCGACAUGCUAGCUGGUGGCCAAACCUCUCGACCCCCGAUGAUCUUACCUCCAUUCUCACCACCAUAAUCUGGCUUGCAUCGGCUCAGCACGCGGCAUUGAACUUUGGGCAGUACCCCUAUGGCGGUUAUGUCCCGACACGGCCGCCACUCAUGCGGCGGCUAAUACCGAAGGAAAAUGAUCCUGAGUAUGCAAGUUUUGUCAAGGAUCCAGAGGGAUUCUUCUUAUCAUCAUUGCCAAGUUGGAGUGAAACAACGAAGUAUAUGGCAGUGAUUGAUAUAAUUUCAUCACACUCACCUGACGAAGAAUAUCUGGGAGUGAGAACAGAUCUGUCAACCUGGUUGGGAGAAGCCGAGAUCAUCGAGGCGUUUUACAGAUUUUCAAUGGAGAUAAGAAAAAUUGAAAAGGAGAUUGAGAAGAGAAACUCUGACAUAAACCUUAGGAACAGAUGUGGGGCAGGGAUCACACCAUAUGAGCUGCUCAUUCCGAGCUCAGGACCUGGGGUUACCUGCAGAGGGGUUCCCAAUAGCAUAACAGUUUGA